AUGCAUUACGCAACCACGCAGUGUCUGAGAGCCGGCCGCGGCCCCAUGCCUCUGCCCAAGGGCUAUGGUUCUAAAAAAUAUAUAUUUUUUAUCUUUUUAGGUGAAAUUCACCUACAAAACGAGCAAACAAGCUUACCUAUUGAUCAAGAUCUAGAGGUUGAAAAUUCGGAUUACGAUCCUGGCGUACAUGAAGAAGGGUAUCUACCCGAGGAAGCGCCUGUCCCGACUGCACCCGCCGUACCGGUCGCACCAGCCGACCCGGCCGCGCCGAUAUUUGAUCAAAUCGUCGCUCUCGCGCAGCCUGCGCUUCCUGCCAUUGAUGGCACUGAUCAGCCGCCCCUGGACCCCACGCUACUUGCAGCCCUCGGUGAAUCUACCUCCGAUACGCCCGAAUACGGAACAAGUGUUCACGAUAGUCUUGCCAAUUUAUGGUUACCUAUUCUAAAGAAAGGUUUGGCUAAAGAAAAUAAGGAGACACUCCUUAAGGAAUAUUUAAUUCCUAAUAAUUGUAAAUUAUUACAAGCGCCAAAGCUUAACGCCGAGAUCUCGGCCGCUGUAACGGAGGUAGUACGUGGACGUGACAAAAAAUAUGUCGCCGUCCAACAACAACUCGGUCGAGGCAUAGCAGCUGUAAGUCGGGCCAUGGAUGUGCUUUUAAAGAGCGAAAACAAAGUCGAAGCCCUCAAAUAUUUGAGUGACGGAUGCCGCAUACUCUCCGAUGCGCAUAAUUUCAUUACAAGAGACCGAAUUAAAUUAAUUACACCCAGCUUGGAGAAAAAUUUUCUUCACGUGAUUCAAGACACCGAACGGGAUGAAUCCCUAUUCGGAAAUACCUUAUCUGAAAAGAUUAAGGCCAGUAAGGCUAUAGAGCGUCAAGGUCAACAAAUCAAAAAGACUGUCAGUGCACCAAAGCCUGGCACUUCUAAUUCGACGAACACUCGGGCCUUCAUACCACAGGGAAACUGGUCCGGUCCUCCCCGUUAUUCGUCGAACAGGGGAGGGCGAGGAGGGUAUCGCAGGACGAAUCCGUCGCCGGCGACGCGUCGCCCGUACGUCAACACAGCUGCCUCGACGCGGCAGCCAGCGCCGACCAAGUCGCGAGCGCUAGCUCACCAGUAAC